GCACCGUCGGAGCCUUCAACACCUCAGCACCUGGACCUGGAUCUCUAGCCAAGCGAUAUGGAUAACCGCAGUUUGCUGCUGAGGCUCUCGAUUGUGGUGGCGCUGGUCUUGCUGUUCGUCUGCGUCCCGGAAACGGAAGCGGGGAGCCACCAGAAAAAGAAGAAAAUCGUGAUCCACGUGCCCAUUCACAAGAAGAUCGAGAAGCACAUACACACGGUUGUGAAGCACGUCCACCACCACCACAAACCGCUCGUUCUGAAGGAGGAGAAGAAGGUGAUCCACGAGGACCAUCGACCCAUCCAGAUCCACCAGACCAAGGAGCACAUUCACCACCACGAGAAGCACGACCACCACGACCAUCACGACCAUCAUGACCAUCACGAGCACCACCACCCACUUCCGCCGUCGGUGGCGCCACCUGCUCUGCCGGAACUCGAGGAGGAGGAGGAGCACAUCCACCACCACCACAACUACGAGCACAGGGGCGGACUGCGGGACGACUUCAUCGGCGGCGAUGGGAGCAGCAGCGAGGAGCGCUGACUAUGUGGCGCCCAACGUGGGGCGCAGACUGAUGCGAUCCAAUCGCCCGGAUUGUCCCGACUCUUUGUGAUUCCCUAGAUACGUACAUACCCUUUUUGUUUGUUUUUUUUUUACUAGCCUAAAUCGUAGCUUAAGUGUGAAUGAAAAUGGAAAUGCAGGUAAAUCGGAGUAGGGCGAAUUUAGUUUUAGGAAAAUGUGAAAGGCAAAGAUCUAAGAAAGACAAAUAACUAGUUUUCAGCUUUGCCAUUAUUUAAUAACGUAAGCUUUACAAAAUGGUAGA